AUUUUCCCCCAAUCCUCCCAAUCCACGACCACCUUCACGGCCGUCCUACACAAUCCAAAGGAGGAAAUAAAAAAGGGGGAUAAAGAAAAUCAAAACGUACCCCUGCCCACCUCCGACCUCGUCGUUGGCCCGCCGCCGGUGGGGAGAGAGAGAGAGAGGCCGGCGCGGCGCGAUGGGGGGCGACCUGUACGCGCUCGACUUCGACGGCGUCUUCUGCGACAGCUGCGGCGAGAGCUCCCUCUCCGCUGUCAAGGCUGCGAAGGUGAGGUGGCCAGGGGUGUUCGAGCAGGUGGACGCUGCCAUGGAGGAGUGGAUCGUGGAGCAAAUGUAUACCCUUCGCCCAGUGGUGGAAACAGGAUACGAAAAUCUGUUGCUUGUCAGGUUGCUUAUUGAGAUUCAGAUACCCUCUGCCCGGAAAUCAUCGGUUGCAGAUGGGCUUAGCAUUCAAGAAAUACUAGAGAACUGGUUAAAAUUGAAGCCCACAAUUAUGAGUGAAUGGAAUGAAGAUAGGGACUCUCUAGUUGAUCUCUUUGGCAGCAUAAGGGAUGACUGGAUUGAAAAUGAUUUGUCUGGCUGGAUAGGCGCUAACAGAUUUUACCCUGGAACAGCUGAUGCAUUAAAAUUUUCAAGCUCAGAAGUUUACAUAGUCACUACAAAACAGGGCCGAUUUGCUGAAGCACUAUUAAAAGAAUUAGCUGGAAUAGAAUUUCCCUCUGAAAGGAUAUAUGGGCUUGGCACUGGUCCAAAGGUAAAAGUUCUCCAGCAACUGCAGCAAAUGCCGCAGCAUCAAGGCCUGACACUUCAUAGCUGUGCUUGUGCUGAAGAGCAGGCCACCUGUCCCUCUGCUACUGAUCUCCGGCCAACCCUGCACAAGAUCCAUGCUAUAUGUGAGCUCCCGGUAUGGCGAUGGAGGGUCACCACGUGGUGGCAAUGAGGCUACAUGGUGGAGAACCCCAUGGAAUUUAUGGUGACCACCGUUGAUGAGGGGGCCGAUCGCUUGGAUUUGAGCUGGUGGGAAUGGAUGGCCACAAAAGGUCCGACAUGGAUCUACGUGUCAAAUGUUGAGCCGCCAUUGGCUCAGCUCAGGCUCUCACGGUGUACAUCAAGCCCUACUGCAUGCACACGACACAAUGGUCCUGCUUCACUAAUCACCACCUCUUCUUGCUAGAUGAGCUCCUUUUCACCCUUUCCUCCCUGCUCAUCAAGCUCCACCUUGGCCAGCCAGGUCGGAAGCACUUGGAAGCCAGCAGAUGUCAAUACCGCCGGCUGAUGGCUGUGGGCCAAUAUGGGGAGGUUGACCGCUGGAGGAUCGAGGACAAAGCGAAAUUUGACAUUUUGCUAGGGCAACAUGUUCAAUGUAGUAAAUGAAUGGAUUUACACAAAAAAACAAAGCUAAUGUAUGUGUGCAUCAAAUUAAUCAUAUAGUUAUGCUACUUAACUUUGUGGCAAAGGAGCAAAUUUCUGCUCACUUUCCAGAUGACAAUAACUUAGUCAUAUUUUUAGCUAUUUACGUGUAUUGUUUGCAAAUGUAUACCAUGGACAAUAGUAUCCCCAUAAAGCUCAAAAAUAAUGAACUGCCGCUCCCUUAAGCAUUCCAUUUUUACUUCUUGUGAACUGUUAAUUAAAAAUGACUUAAACCGAACAAGUUACUGCUAUAUCUU